UUUUCAUAUAAUAUAUAUAUGUAUGUCAUUAACAAUUCAGUAUCACUAGUUAAGAUUUUCUAGUAAAAUAAUGCUCGAUAUUUAGUAUAGAUUAUUAUGUCAUGGAACACUUUAACCAUACCUGAAAAAGAUCGGGUCAGUUUGUCAGUUAGACAUCUUAAUGUUUCUGUAAAGCUGGAGAAAUCAGAUCUUGAAUCUCAUCCUACAAAAGAUAUCUUACAUGACAUUUCAUUUGACUUACAAAGUUGUAAAGUAUUAGCGAUAAUUGGUGGUUCUGGAAGUGGGAAAACUACAUUGUUGAAUACUUUAUCUUCAAGAUUAAAUAUUAAGAACAAGAGUUUGGAAUUUAAAGGUAAUAUUAUUUAUUCUACUCCUGCUAACGAUAAAAGAAUUAAGAAUUCAUAUUUGUUACAAGAUGAUGUAUUUCUUGCGGGUUUAUCGGUAUUUGAAACCCUUAAAUUUCAAGCUGAUUUGCGUUUACCUCCUAAUGUAAAUGAUUUUGAAAAGUUACAGUUAAUUAAUUCAUUAUUAGAAACAUUAGAACUAACUCAUUUGAAAGAUACAAUUAUUGUAUCAUUUACAGGGUUUAUAAGUUUAUCCGGUGGUGAACAAAGACGACUUUCCCUUGCUAUUCAAUUACUUAGUCGACCUUCCAUAUUAUUUUUAGAUGAGCCCACAACUGGUCUUGAUGGUAGUAGUUCAUUAAAAUUAAUGAAAGUCUUAAAGAAACUUAGUUCACCACAAAUAGGUAUUACAGUAAUUCUUUCAAUUCACCAACCUAGAAUAGAAAUUACCAAAUUAUUCGAUAGAAUAUGUCUUAUGACCAGAGGUGGAAGAUUAGUCUAUUUUGGAACAUUAGCUGAUUCAGCCUCGUAUUUCAAUAGAAUUAGCUUUUUAAAUAAUAAUUCUGUAAGUAGCAGAGAGUCCACUAAUUUUGUGGAUUACAUUAUGGAUUUAUCAGUUAAAGAUUCUACAACUCGUGAACAAGAAGAAAUUACCACAAGUAGAAUAGUUAGAUUAGUUCAAUGUUGGAAAGAGUACAAUAUAAAUCGUAUUGAUGAUAUGAAUUACGAUAGUUUAGGAAGUCUUGAAGACUUGAUUCAAAAGUUUUCAAGAUCUACUCACUCAAAAAUACCAUUUUAUAGAGAAGUUUAUGUUUUAACUAAAAGAACAUUCUUAUUGAGUUGUCGUGAUAUAUUAUCAUUAUUAGCUAUGAAUGGAGCUUCACUCAUAAUUGCUGUUUCAACUGGUUGGAUGUUCUAUAGACCAACUCCAGAUUUGUCUGGUAUUAGAUCUUUAACUUCAUCUUUAUAUGUUAUGCUUGAAGUUGUUGGAUUCUGUCCAGUCUUUAUAGAACUUGGCCGAUUAUGGAAUACGGAUGGCAUUAACUUUUUCAGAGAACAUAAAGAAAACUAUGUUAGUGUUCCAGGUUUUAUUAUAUCAAGAAGAUUAGGAAAGAUGUUUUUGGAAGAUAUUCCCUUAGCAAUAAUCUUUGCAGUUAUAACAUAUUUUAUGUGGGGUCUUAGAAGCGGCGUAGGAUACUUUUUCAUUUAUUUCGUCAUAACUAUAUUAGUCUCAUUAAUUGGAAUGGCUUCGGCCAUGGCCUUUUUUGCCUUAGGAAAAGAUUUUGCAGUUGCAGUCAUGCUUUUGAACUUAUUUUACCAAAUUCAAAAUAGUGGUUGUGGAUAUUUCGUCAAUGCCGCUACUAUGCCAGUGUAUGUUCGUUGGACUAAAUAUAUUGCAUAUUUUUGGUAUGCAUUUGGAGCAUUAACUGCAAAUCAAUUCUCUAAUUGGCAUGGAGAUUGUCCAAUCGAUGAUGCUAAUCAAUGUAUUGAAUAUUCAGGUAAUUAUCAAUUGAAAAUGUUAGGAUUCCCCGUAAAUUGGGUAGCAGAACCAAUUGGGAUUUUAAUUGCAUGGUUAUUUGGAUUUUAUAUAAUUACUUAUCUUGGAUUACGAUUUAAGAAUUACGAUGUAGAAAUGUCUAAAACUAAGAAGAAUAGAAUUGGAGGCGAAGAUGAGGAAGAUUAUGAAGAAGAGAAAAUUGACAUGGAUAACGAUAAUUAUGAUGAUAAAGAAAUUAAGUUUCAACCUCCUGUUGCAAAAGAGGAAGUUAUUGAAAAUAUUAAUAUCUCCCUAGUGAAUAUUGAACUUAAAGUUUCACAAAGGAAUUUAUGGUUCAAGAAUACUAGUGAUGUCAAAGUAUUACUUGAUGAUAUUAGUGCAGAGUUUACUAGUAAAUCUCUUAAUGUAAUUAUGGGUCCAUCAGGAAGUGGUAAAACGACACUAUUAAAUUUGAUUUCGAAUAGAGUUGCAAAAAACACAUCAUUUGCAGCCAAUGGAAAAAUAAUCAUCAAUGAGAUACAAGAAAUAAGUCCUCUUGAGCUAUCAAAAAUUGCUGCAUAUGUUUCACAACAUGAUACUUCAUUAAUUCCUAAUUUGACUGUCAGAGAAACACUUUACUUCCAAGCCAAAUUAAGAUUACCUAAAGAAGAGCAUGAUAGAAUUCCUUCAUUUAUUAAUAAUUUAAUUAGAAAGACAGGUUUAAAAGAUUGUGCAGAAACUUUAAUUGGAUCUGAAUUUGUAAAAGGUAUAUCAGGUGGAGAGAAGAGAAGAGUAUCAAUUGCAAUUCAAUUAUUAAGUCGUCCAAAGAUUUUAUUUUUGGAUGAGCCAACUUCUGGUUUAGAUUCAUCUACUGCUUUAUCAAUUUUAACUUUAUUGCAUGAUUUAGCAAAGAGUAAUGACUCAACUAUUAUCCUUACUAUCCAUCAACCUAAUGAAGAUAUGAUCAAAAUUUUUGAUAAUAUUUUAUUAAUGAGUAGAGGUGGGAAAGUUGUAUUUAGUGGUAAAUCUUUAGAUGUGAAGAGCUAUUUCAAUUCUAUUGGAUAUACGAUUCCUGACAACAAGAAUAUUGCCAAUCAUAUCCUAGACUUGGUUUCUCGAGGUAUUGAAGAAGAUAAAGAAGCUAUGGAAAGUCGAGUUCUAGAUUUGAUAACCAAAUGGAAGCAUAAAUCAUUAGAUUUUGCUGCCAAAAGUAAUAAAAAUAAUAAUAAUAAUAAUGCCUAUAUUGAUUUAGCACUGCUUCAUAAAAGAAGAGCUCCUUUCCAAACAACAUUAUUAGCCAUUACUAGUCGUCAAUUUUUAAAUACAAUAAGAACAUUUGAUAUUUUAUUCUCUCGAAUCUUUCAAACAAUUUUCCUAGGUAUAGUUCAUGCAUUAUACUUUUCUCCUUUAAAGAAUACAUCGCAAGGUAUAUCCAACAGACUAGGAUUAGUUCAAGAAGUUUUAAACUUAUAUUUUGUUGGAUUAAUCAAUAAUAUCUCCUUAUAUCCUAUGGAAAGAAAUAUCUUCUAUCAAGAAUAUAAGGAUGGAGUAUAUGGAGUUAGUGAAUUUACUACUUCUUAUCUUAUUAAUGAACUCCCCUUGGAAUUUGUUCCUUCAAUUAUAUUUUCAGCACUUAUUGUAUUUGUUGUUGGACUUCCUCGAACUCCAGCCAUGUUUUUUGCCAUGAGCUUUUGUUGUUUUGCAUCAAUUAAUAUUGGAGAAUCUCUUGGUAUAGUGUUUAAUUCCCUUCUUAAUCAUUUAGGAUUAGCUACCAACGUAUUAUCUAUAAUCAUAAUGUUUGCUGUAUUCAUGGGUGGUACUAUGUCCUUACAAAUGCCUCAGUUCUUUAGAGCUAUAAAUUGGAUUAAUCCAAUGAAGUAUGCAGUGGGUAUUACUGCACAAUUAGGAUUUGAAAAUCAAACUUUUAAGUGUGUGGGUAAUAUUUCUUCUUGUACUUUAAAUAGUGGUGAAAUGGUUUUAGAGUAUUAUGGGCUUGGGGGUAAUAUGGCAAGAGAUUUUGGGUGUUUAGUUGCAUGUCUUGUUAUCUACAGAAUACUUUCAGUAGUGUCGGUCUAUCUUAGAGUUAAAUAUUUUAACUAGUAAUUUAAACGUUUUAUUUUGUUAAUAGAUAUAUUUAUAUUUAUAUUUAUAG